AUGCAUUACCAAGAACCAAGUUUCAUGAACAUGCAAUCAGACAUACCCCCAACGCAACCCAUCGUGGAGCCCGACAAGAAGCGUCGCUCAGAGGUCUCACCACGCGACUCAAACGACAUACAAGAGCCAACAGAGCCAACCGAACCAACACAGUCCACAAAUCCCCCCUCGGCGCCUAGAAAAAGCAUCCCCAAGCCCAGCUCAGGCCUAAACGACUCCCCCUUCACCCCACUCUCAAUGCGAGCCCUCUACUACGCCCCCUCAGGAACCGACAUAUCCGACAGUAUCCCCGAAGGCGAGAUAACCGACUGCCUGACCCCGGACUCAACCACAAGCGUAAUCCGCAAAAAAGGAACAAACCUCGUCUUCGACACGGGCUUCCCAACACCACAGCCCACACCGCAGCAAUACCUGCUGAAAGUCUGCACAGCAGCAUUCUGCCACGACGAGAUCCGGCUCGCGGGACUGCUCAAUCCACCAAAGAAAGAACCGCAGAUCCCGCUGCACAGCAUCUGCGGCACGGUCGUUAUCACGCCCAGUGAAGACGAUGAUAAAGACGAAGGCCCGAAGUUCAAGAUCGGCGACAUCGUCUUCGGUGUCGUGAGCUAUACGCGCGAUGGCGGAGCUGCAGACUAUGUCGUCGCGACGGAGGGUGAGCUGGCGCUGAAGCCGGGGAACAUUACCGUUUCCGAGGCGGCGGCGCUGGCACUUCCGGCGUUGACGGCUUGGCAGGCGCUUUUUCGGUAUGCGGGUCUUGAUCCUGAUCUCCCUGGUGGGUUAAAUCCGGAUGAUGCGGCGUUUGGGAGUGGUGGAUUAGGGUCUGGACGGUGGGUUUGGCAGCGAAAGGGGAAGGAAGCCGUGCUGGGAAACAGGGAUUAUGGGUACGGGGCACGCAGGAGUAUGGCUAAUGGCGGCAUAAGCGGGAGAAGUAGUGGACUGCCUGCUGGUAAGGCGAGCGGAGCUACAAGCGGAAUGGGUAGCGGUCGCUGGGUUUGGGAGUGGAAUCGUGGCGGGGAUGCUCCAAAGGAUGUUACUAUCGGUGGCAAGCCCACCGGCGUUGAUAUCGAUAACAUUCCUCCUGCAGCUAGUGCGACGGAUACCAAUCUGCCUAAGCAGAGUGUGCGUCGCGAGAACCUCAAGAGUCUCGUGACUGGCAACCCGAGUGGAAAAAAGGCUGCUCCGCGGACUGCCAGUACGCUCGAUCCCAAUCCCAAGAAGACGGUCCGUCGCAAUAGUUUGAUCAACCUGGUCAAGGGUGGCAACAAUGGGGCUGGGGCCCGUCCUGUCGAACCGCUCAAUCCUGCUGCUAGCAUCAAUGCUGCCGCCGCCGCAGGCAGCAGCAGUCGACGUGAUACUUUAGCCAAGAUCGUCACUCCUGCCGUUGAACGGGCUGGCAAUAAGAUCGAGAAGGUAAUGGGUGUGAAUGGCAACGGAAACGGCAAAAACAAAUUCCCCAAGAUCCGGGUGCUGGUCACCAACGCUCGAGACAACGAUAUCGGUCGUAUCGUGGUGCAGAUUCUGCGCGCAGAGUCCCUCUUCCCUCAACCUGUGCGUCCGUGGGUGUGUGUGACCUGCACGCAGGUCGAAGCCGAGAUCCUUGAGAAAGACUGGCAGGUUGAUGAGAUCAUUAUCAUCCCGCAUCUUCCAACGCCCGAGGAGUGUGACAUUGGGAAGGUCUUCCGUGCGCGUCGCUGGCCGCCUGUUGAUAUCGUGCUUGAUUGUGCUGGGGAUGAGGUGUUCCAGGCGGCUCAUGCGGCGGGGGUUGUUAAGGAUUACGGGGCUGUGUUGACUGUUGUGGAUGGGAAGGUUGCGCAGCAGUCGCCUUUGGUUCCUGAGAAGGAUGUUUUGGGAGAGAAGAAGCGUGGUAUUAAGAGCCGGUUUGUGCCCGUCAAUCCUGAUGGGCUGGCUUUGGAGAGAGUUGCGGAGUUGGUUGAGGAGAAUCUGGUCCGGGGGAGGGAGCUGAGGAUUGUUGAUCUUGCGCGUGCGACGGAUCUUUUGGCGGCUGGUGCGGCUGGGACGGCGGGGAGUCGGCGUGGUGGGAUGGUCGUUGUUAAGGUCAAUGGAUAA